UGAAUUGCUGCUGCACUAUCCGAACUCCCGACAAACUUCCAAGCUUAACCACCAUGCUACCUUUCUGCUUGGCUCUCUUGCUCUUGGCGCUUCUCUUCAGCUACCUCCAUUUACUGGAACGUUACAGUUACUUCCGGCGUCACCAGCUGCCGCAUUUGCCCGUUUCCACCUGGACGCCGUUGGGUCAUCUGAAGCAGUUGCUCUUCCUACGCAUUUCCUUUGGCGAUCUCUUCAAGAACAUCUACGCGGAUGAGCACAUCCGUGAGGCAAAGCUAGCUGGCUUUUUUGUGUUCCAAACACCCGCGCUUAUGAUACGCGAUCCGGAGCUCAUACGCCUUGUGCUGAUCAAGGAAUUCAAUAGCUUUCUGAAUCGCUAUGAGGCUGCCGAUGCUCGACAUGAUCCCAUGGGCGCACUGACCCUGCCGCUGGCCAAGUAUCCGCAGUGGCGCGAGAGUCGUCAGUGCAUGUCGCAGCUGUUUACCAGCGGGCGCAUGAAGCAGCGCAUGUACCCAUUGAUGCAGCAGGUGCUGAUGGACCUUGAGCAGCAUCUUGUCAAGCGUAUGUGUGGGCAAGCGGAGCGCGUGCUGCCAUUGAGCGAGAUGUGUCAGCUCUAUACGACAGAUGUGACGGGCAAAUUGUUCUACAGCUGGGAUGUGGGUGGAUUGCGUGAGGGCAAAUCCCCAUUGCGCCAACAGACCAAGCAACUGUUCAGGCCCGACGUUAAAAAGGUGCUUCACUUCAUGUGCAUCUUCUUUUUGCCACAAUGGACCUGGCUGCUGCGUGCCAAGGUCUUCUCCAUGGAUUAUGCCCAAUUCAUGAGGCAGCUGGUGCGGCGCCACGCCACGGACAGUCAGGUUGAUCUGAUUACACAGCUAAAGCAGCUCCAACACGCUUGUCCACACACACACUACGCACAGGAAGCGGAUUUUAUAGCCGCCCAGGCGGGCAUCAUUUUACUUGCAGGCUUCGAGACCUCCUCCGCGUUGCUGGGCUUUACGCUCUAUGAGCUGGCCAAGCAGCCGGCGCUGCAGCAGCGUUUGAGGCAGGAGCUGGCCACAGCGUUUGGGGGCGACGCUCAGCUUAGCUAUGAGGCGGCAGCUACAUUGCCAUAUCUGAAAAUGGUUUGUCUGGAGGCACUGCGUCUCUAUCCCGCCGCUGCCUUCAUCAAUCGCGAGUGCACCCGAGCUGAAGGCUUCGCGCUGCAACCACACAUCGACUUUGUUAUACCCUCUGGCAUGCCGGCUUAUGUAUCCAUAUUGGGCAUACAGCGUGAUGCAAAGUACUGGCCCAAGCCCUUACAUUUCGAUCCCGAACGCUUUGCGCCGGCGCAUAUGAAAAACAUAGUACCCAUGUCUUAUAUACCAUUUGGUGCUGGACCACAUGGUUGCAUAGGCAGCCGGCUCGGCUUGCUCCAGCUAAAGCUGGGCGUGGCUCACAUUUUGAGAUCACAUCGUGUGGAGUUCUGUGAGCGAACGGUGCCCGAAAUACGCUUCAAUCCAAAGACUUUUAUGCUAGAGUCCCUGGAUGAAUUAUAUUUACGUUUUUGCGUUGACCCACUGUAGAUAGAACUAAUAUAUAUCAAUUACUUAGCGGCUGUGAUAUUCGAUCAUUAAACUUUAUGUAAGUACUGUCCAA